GUUUAAACUCACUAAUUCUCCUUGACCCCGCGCAGACUGCGCAGUGGUCUGGAGUGCAACAUGUUCAAUUUGACGAAGGGGUUCGUGUGGGUCCGUGUGCUGUGCUGCUGCCCUGUGCAUAAUCUUAUGGUGGCGAUGUUUCUUGGCUGUCGAGGCGAUUGAGUUGUCCAGGUUUACCAGCAAGGCAAAUACUUGGGGACUGCACCUCCAGAGUCGAGCUUGCACGAAAGGCUGGUUGAAGGGCUGCGCCUGUUUAGAUUCUCACGCUGGGCAAUGGCAACCAUGUUGCACAUCUUCCCGUACCUUAUCAUCAUUUCACUCUUUCUGCAAUGUGCAGGUGCCCAAGCCCGUCUUUCAGCCAAGCUGUUUGAGCCUAGUGUUCUUCUGUCUAAGAGCAGCACCCCGUCUUUGGUGAAUGUGACCCUGUAUGAAGAGGCUCUGUGCCCGGAUUGCGCGGAAUUCAUCACCGGGCCAUUGACACAAAUGUUUCAGAAUGGCCUUUCCGCCAUCACCACCCUGACCAUCAUCCCAUACGGCAAUGCGAAAUUGAUCGGGGGCAGCAUUCGUUGCCAGCAUGGACCGGACGAGUGUACUCUGGACCGCAUUGAAGCCUGCGUCAUCGACUUCUACCCAGACACUCACUCCUGGUUCUCUUUCAUCUCCUGCGUCGAGCAGCAGCCCGCCGCAUCUCGCCUGGAACUCUGGCCGCAGUGCGGAGUGGCGCUAGGGCUGGACGUGAUUGGGAUCCAGAACUGCGCAGAUGGCGAGAAGGGGGCAGAGCUUGAGGCCAGGAAUCGGAAGCUCACUGAGAGCUUGGACCCUCCCCAUCGGUUCGUACCCUGGGUCACAGUUGACGGGGCGCCCUUGUAUGAGGAUCUGGACAGCUUCUUCGAGAGGAUCUGCGAAGCAUACAAGGGGACCGAAAAACCAGAAACGUGUGCACGCCUUGAUGGUGCAGCUGGCACAUAUCCGUCCUCUCGAAACCUUCAGCUUUGGGGACACGUAGAAUGAUGCAGCAAUCUCUACCUGCAAACUUCUUUGUAGAUUUACUGUAAUAAUCGAGCACCAUAUCAACAGCCACGAAGGCGUAUACGGGUUAGUGUUCCCCUGCAGUGCAAAUGAAUUUGUAAAACGACGCCCAACAAGUCAACUUCGAAUGUGCCACCGUCCACGGCCUCGACCCACUGGCUUCUUAAUGAAAGCUUACAGUUUCGG